AUGGAAGAGCCACAAGACUUACCCGAACAACCAGUGAAAAAAGCCAAGAUGCAGGAAUCCAGAGAACAAAGCUUGAGUCAUGUGAGCAACGCAGAAGUCAGCGAUCAGAAACCUGAAUCUUCAAGCCUUGGUUCAAACCUUCCCAUGUCCAGUGAGAUUAUGACAUGCACUGAUUAUAUCCCAAGGUCAUCAAAUGAUUAUACCUCACAAAUGUAUUCUGCAAAGCCAUAUACACAUAUCCUUUCUGUACCUGUAUCGGAAACAAUGAGCCCUUACCCUGGUCAGACUCAGUACCAAGCACUACAGCAGUCUCAGCCCUACACCAUCUACCCCCAGACCACCCAAACCUACGGACUACCUCCUUUCGGUGCACUGUGGCCAGGUAUGAAACCUGAAAGUGGUUUAAUUCAGACUCCAUCUACAAGUCAGCACAGUGUUCUUACCUGCACUACAGGGUUAACCACAAGCCAGCCCAGCCCAGCACAUUAUUCUUAUUGCAUUGAAGCAUCAACUACCAAUGCCAGUCCAGUCUCUACAUCCUCAACUGUUGUCAAUAUUUCCACUUCAGCAGUAGCCAGCAUCUCACAGGAAUAUCCUACGUACACGAUCCUUGGCCAAAGUCAGUACCAGACGUGUUACCCGAGUUCUGGCUUUGGAGUCGUAACACCAGCAGACAGCAACACGGAGAGUACUGCAUUAGCAACAACUACGUAUCCAACCGAAAAACCAAACGCCAUGGUGCCUACGCGGACGGUGCAGAGACAUUCCUCUGGAGAUGCAUCCACAAGUCCUUCAUUAUCAAGAGCAACAGCAAGCAAAGAGUUAGAUGAGCAGGCAAGAAAAAACAUCCCUGGGAAGAACAGGGGGAAGAGGAAAGCAGAUACCUCCUCCUCACAGGACAGUGAACUGGAACGAGUGUUUCUCUGGGACCUGGAUGAGACCAUUAUAAUCUUCCAUUCACUUCUCACAGGGUCUUAUGCUCAAAAAUAUGGCAAGGAUCCAACUCUAGUGAUUGGCUCAGGUCUGUCAAUGGAGGAGAUGAUUUUUGAAGUAGCUGAUACUCACUUGUUUUUCAAUGACUUGGAGGAGUGUGACCAGGUACACAUAGAAGAUGUGGCAUCUGAUGACAACGGCCAAGAUUUAAGCAACUACAAUUUCUCCACGGAUGGCUUCAGUGGCUCAGGAAGUAACGCAAAUCACAGCUCAUCAGUUGGUGUCCAGGGUGGAGUGGACUGGAUGAGAAAACUGGCCUUCCGCUACCGCAGGGUACGAGAGAUCUACGACAAAUACAAAACUAAUGUUGGAGGCCUUCUUAGCCCACAGAAGAGGGAAGCUCUGCAGCGACUAAGGACCGAUAUAGAAGUGCUAACGGAUUCCUGGCUGGAAACGGCAUUAAAGUCCCUGCUACUCAUACAGUCCAGAAAAAACUGUGUGAACAUCCUGAUCACAACCACCCAACUGGUGCCAGCUCUUGCCAAAGUUCUGCUGUAUGGUUUGGGCGAGGUGUUUCCCAUCGAAAAUAUUUAUAGUGCUACAAAAAUAGGUAAAGAGAGCUGUUUUGAGAGGAUCGUGUCACGAUUUGGAAAGAAAGUCACCUAUGUGGUAAUUGGAGAUGGGCGUGACGAAGAGGUUGCAGCUAAGCAGCACAACAUGCCUUUCUGGAGGAUCACAAAUCAUGCAGAUCUUGUGUCCCUUCACCAAGCCCUCGAGUUAGACUUUCUGUAAGAAGUUGGAGCAAAGGCGUGACUGCAGCUCCUGCAAGCCCUCUCCAUCGCUGCGGAGGCAGAAAUCUCAUACAUUUGGGGACUCACUUUUCAGCUUGAUGAAGAAAACAUACCUAAUGCAAACUGUACAGUAGAACAUGACACCAGGUCAUUUCCUCAGGAGCACAGGCCCUGCCAAGUACAAAAGUGUCCUAUAAAGAAGCACUAGACUCAGCAGAGCUAGAGCUUGUCUGAAGAAGAGACUUAUAGAAGCCAGCUGAAUUCCUCUAGCAAGUAGUCUCCAGAGGGAGGUGGUGAUACAACAGCAGAAGUAUUUGUAAGAGCCUUCUCCUUUCUAUUCAGCUUAGUUGUAGAACCCAAGUAAACACAAAACCUUAUUUUUAUAGAAAAAUACUGAUGGCAGAGCUGAACCUCCCUUGUUUCACAAAGCUGAAGAGAGCUAUGCUUUUUUUCCAUAGGAAAUAUUAAUGAAAAUGUCAAAAAUACCUCUAUUG